GUUAUUAUUACAGAAAUAAUCCUUUACAUUUGGUUCUUUUCCACUACUGAAUUUUUAGGCGCAACACUAGCUUUUUAUCCAGCAACGUUUUCUAAUCGUAAAUUGGUGCCCCGUGCAGGAUCUAGGCAUGUGUAUCGCUCUUUAAGUGACACAGACUGGUUGAACUGCAUUAUAAAAUGUCACAACGAUCCGAUUUGUGUUUCCUACAAUUUCGAUCGUUCCUCGGACGAUCUUGGAGUCUGUGAAAUGCUGAGUUGUGGAAUAGAGAGUUUAUGCGACCAAAAAAGCUCUCUGAUGUACUUGAAAGGAGCGAUCUUUCAGCAGUUAACCUCGAAAAAGGUAAGGUUAUUCAUUUUCCAUCGUAUUUGAGGAUGUUUUGGAGAACUUGACCAGGAGUGAUUUUAGAGCACUUAUAAAACUUCAGGUCACAGAUGUCAAGCAAAGAUACCUGAUAUCUGUGAAUACAUCAAAAACGUCACUUGAGUCGAAAGAAAUUGUCAAGUUUUUGUUCAAAUUUGGCAAGCUUUGAGAACUUGCGGAUAUUGUUACAAAAUUCAGACAGCAAUUCUGAAGCAUACUGGGAGUUAUAGAAGGAUGUUGCCUUCUCAUAAGUGAAGGACUGGAGCCAAAUCUGAGACCCUUGCGGCGAGUUGAGCAAAAUAUAUACUUGCUUCGUUCAUGAAAAAAUUCUCAUUGGCAAAAAAUCAGUUCUGUAUAAAAAGCUCAUAGGUCUUUUCAGAGGUGACCCGGAAAGCAUAUCGAAUUCAACCACUGUUUCACAAUGCUACUGUCUACUUAAAGAAAAAAAGCUUCAUUUGAUUGAAAUUAGUGAUACGGAUUUACUUUUCUGUUUGAAUGGGUCAAAGUUGUGUACUCAGUGACAGAUCUGACAGAUCUAAUCAUUGAUUCUGGAAUUUCUUUUAGGAUACUAAUAUCUGUGAUCCGUCAUCAAGCACAGACAGUGAGGAUGGAAACAGGGGUAGGUUCUUAUAUGUCAAAGGUAGAAUUGAAAUUACACCAAAAAUUGAUAAAUGGAUAGAUCCGUAGUCUAGGCAAGGUUCUUUCCUGGGGUUGCCGUGGAACAUUUUUUUCUACCUGUUUGUCUAGGGUUAGCCGCCUUUUCUCUCCACUGAAGAAACUCCUGUCUAUCCACGCCCCGAAGCCAUUUUUCCACUGAGCACGUUGUCUUCGUCUCUCUCUUAUCUCUUCUGCCUUUUCAUCACGAACGCUAUGAUUCCAAUAUUCCAUUUCCUUUGUCUUGCUUCUAGUAAAUAUUUUUUACAUAUAAAAAUUAUUAAGAAUAUUUAAGAAACAGACGUACAGACAGAUAACAGAAUUGCAGAUCGACAGACGAACAGUAAAGGCAGAGGAAAAAAGGAACGAUGAACGUGGAAAAAGGGUGGUUAAGCAGAUAGACAAACAGACAAGAUAAUUUGGUUUCAUCAACUAAGUUGAUGUUGUAAAUUAGCCACAGUAAAGAGUUUCUGAGCUGAUGUUUCGAGCAUAAUCCCUUCGUCAAAACGAAUAGCAGACAGACAGACAGACAGACACACGGAAAUGACGAAAGAAGGGCUGUUAUGUCUCAUUUCCCUAUCCGAUUCCAGAUUUCAGUUUUUCUUUUCCAUCUGUUGGUACAACCGAUAACUACGUUCAGAAGCAGGGCCCGAUGGUCCAUUUGUCACAGAUAAGUUUCUGCUUCUGGCUUAACGCGACAAGAGAUCGUCUGACCAUCUUUAGUUACCUGAGUUCCAAAGGAAUCAUAGAGUUAAUGUUGCAAGUCGUCGACAGGAACAGUUUGUUGCUUACUGUGGGAGGAAAUUCGAGGUAAGAAAUUACUCAAACGACCGAGCUAUUGCGACUUGAUGGAUUGAUGGAUGAAGGGACAAAAGGACAGACUGAUCGACGGGAUGCAUGUUAACACGAAAGCACUGAAGCACUAACACACCGUCACAGACCACACCUCUGAGCAAAAUACAAAGCCUUUAUAGUUGAAGCUUUAUAGUUGAGAUCACCUUCUGUUGUCGUUAUGAAAUGUUACACUUCUAUGAAAAACAAAAGUGCGUUACAUUGUAAAGUAAUUACAUUUUCCGGUGACAAAAUGUUAUAAAUGUUGACAUUUGUUUUAUCAAUCUUAUAUUUAGUCCUUCGCAGUAAAAAAACAGUAAAACAAAGUAAAAGCAAAAAUUAACAAAAGAAGAAGAGCUGUUUACAACAGUAACAAAAGUAGAUAUUUACACCAAGGUCGCCAUCAUCAUGGACAAAUUGCAAAUGCGAAGGAAAACAAAUUCAUUAUCAAACAAAAACGAAGGAUUUGUAUUUUCACUGGAAGUUUUUUUUGUUGGUUGCCUUGCAGUGAUUGAGUCAUUCUCCAUGUAUUUCACUUGUUAUCUUGUCAUUAUUGUCCAUGAAAGAAAAUAAGAGUGAAAGGCACUCAAUUUCGACUUGAAGUUUCCCCCAAUACCAUGCGAAUUUAUUUUAAAGUGACAGCUUUGUGAAGCCCACUGUGGCUGGCCAUUCUUACAAAUAGCAUGAGGCUUUUAAGUGUAAUUCACUUGUCAAUUCCAACCUCUUUUUCCGUAGGAAAAUUACGGCGACAGUAAACGAUGGGAAAUGGCAUCACACCUGCACCAUAUGGGACAACUCUGAUGGGGCGUGGUCGUUUUUCAAGGAUGGUGUUGCUGUAUCAAAUAAAAGCGGUUUUGAAGUCGGUUAUUUUAUUCCCCCUGGGGGAACAUUCGUGCUCGGUCAAGAACAAAAAUCUGACAAAACUUUCAAAAACGUGCCAUUUAUUGGCGAACUGGCUAAUUUUAACAUUUGGAGCCGCACUUUGCCUGCCAUAAAAGUCUUAAAGAUCUCCAAGUGGUGCUUUAGAGGACGGGGAGACGUGAUUUCGUGGCCUGAUUUUCAAUCUGUUCAGAUAAACGGCAACGUGAAAAUUUCAAAGCCUUCUUCUUGUGCGAAGUGAGCUUCAUGCAGGCUAUGCCUGGAUUGUAUUUUGUAGUUAUGCCAUAGAUAGCUUUGGCGAGGAAGACACUAAAAAGUAA